GUGACUUGACGCAGCUGGUUUACUUCUGGCUUCGUGGCUCAUUGAAUUGCUUAGCUAACGUUUAUUUGUCGAUAACGUUAAAAAAGCAUAAGGGGAAAAUGUCGUGUCUGUUAGCCACAUUCGUAGCUGUGGUUCUUCUCAGUUCGGAGGCUUUCGGGAAAACCGUGACGGGACUUUUUAAGAGCGAAGUAGCGAGGCAGCAGAAUGGCCAGUUCAUCACUAAAUUCAUGUACCAAGGUGAUAAUGGUCUGCUGGUGUGCAGGCUGGACAACUCCGCUCUGGCUACCGAGAAGGAGUCCAGAUUGCUACUGUAUCAGGAUAUGGACUCAGACCUGGACAACCUCAGCUGCUCCGAUAGGCUCUCCAGAGCCCAGUUCACCAUUUCUCUCAGUCAAGAAGAACACAACCAGACGAUCCCUCGUCAGUCCUCGCCCACAGCCUGGCAGGCCCUGUAUGCUGACAGGUACACGUGUCAGGAAAGUGCAGUGAUCCCUUCUCACGCUGAUCUCAGUUUUACUGUCUUGCUGUUUAACGCCGACUCAGCUGGAAAUCCUCUGGAGCACUAUAGCGCGGAGGAGGCAGGUCUCCAGAGUUUUUACUUCCUCCUGCUGCUGGCCUACUUCAUAGCCUGCUGCAUCUACUGCCAACCUCUGUACCAGGCUCUGAGGAAAGGAGGGCCCAUGCACACUGUCCUCAAAGUGCUGACCACAGCGCUGGGGUUACAGGGCUGCUCCGCUCUCUGCAACUACAUCCACUUAGCCAGGUAUUCCAGAGAUGGUAUCGGUAUUCCGCUGAUGGGCAGCCUGGCAGAGUUCUGGGAUAUGGUGUCCCAGGUGUCCAUGCUUUACAUGUUGCUGAGUCUGUGUAUGGGUUGGACUCUGAGCCGGGGCAGGAAGCCUCAGUCCAGACCUCUUCAGUGGGAACAGUCUCCGGCUUCCACGGCUCUCGCUGUCGGUGGGGUCGUUACACAGGGAGUGUUGCUGCUGUGGGAGCAGUAUUCCGAAUCCGAGAGUGAACACCACAGCUACCACGCCCAGCAGAGUCUGGCAGGGCUCCUCCUCAUGGCCCUGAGACUGGUUCUGUCCCUCCUCCUGGCCUCUGUCCUCUACCAGAUCAUCUCCACUGAGAGGAGCACGCUGAAGAGAGACUUCUACCUCUGCUUCGCCAAGGGAUGCUUCCUGUGGUUCCUCUGCCAUCCUGUCCUCUUCCUCAUGUCUGUCAUCUUCAACGAGCACCAGAGGGAGAAGGUGGUGACUAUCGGUGUGAUCCUCUGCCAGUCCAUCUCCAUGGUGAUCCUCUACCAGCUCUUCCUGUCCCGCUCUCUCUACUGGGAGGUCUCCUCUCUCUCCUCCGUGUCUCUGCCACUCACCAUGUCCAGGUCAAACCACAAGGGGCGCUACUGAGCACAUCCACUUAUCACGCUUUGCCUGAUCAUCAAGAGCAAGGAGGAGGAAGACCUCCUGAACACGAAGACAAAGCAGAGAAGACAAAAAGUGCCCUAACACUGCAGGGAUGGUUCUCCUUUGCUGGUUCUGUUUCCUGGGAGAAUAGUAAUGGCCACUAGUAAGCAGGGGAACUAUAGCAGGGGUCACAGAAUGACCAGAGGGAGAUAUUUACAGCAACACCCUACCUCUAGUUACAAAUAAUUUUUGAAUGGAACCAACAUUGACAUAACUGAGCAGGAUGACAGUUACACAUCUAUAUAAUGUACCAAGAGUAGGGGCACAAAGUUCUCAAGUGGUUUCUUGUACUCUCCACAACAUGCUGGAUGUCAUGACUAACAGCCGAAACCGACCACCAUGAUGAGGACGGAUCGGCAACAUCAACAUUUUAGAAUGCAUCUGUUAGCGAGCUAGAUGUCAAGAAUGAACAAAUACAGUCAUUCUGGAAACUUGCUUGCAUACAGUGCAGCGGGCCGAAGGUAGACAUGGUUGUUUGGACCUCAAGGAGGCAAACCCUCGAUUAGCCAGACGUUUCUGUCCAAUGAAACACAAAUGCAGCCAAUCACGGAUUUACUGUAAAGGAAACUACAGAGCACAGGGAAGCACCACUGUUGAGUUGUGGUGAUAGAUUUAUGGAUGCAGGGAUUUAAUGUGGGGUACAGGGUGGAGAGCAUCCUUAUCCUGCUCAUUGAACUAGAGUUGGAUAAAACCGCCAAAGAGGUGAGAAAAGUUUUUCCUGUCUUAAUCCCAUAAAAAGUCAAACCCAACAAUUGACCCUGCCAAAUUCCCACCCGGUUCUUUGCUCUGCGCUCCAAAACUGUACAGCUCCAGAAAAUACAUUAAACCAACUGAUGAAGAAUUAUGCUACAGUGAAACAAUUGACCCUUCGAUUUUAAUCUGUGCUCCAGUAACAGUUGAGCAAGCCUCAUCCAGAACCUCAGUCAACGUUCUCCUUUCCUGUGCUAAGAUAUGCUACGUGCUAGGCUCGUCUAUAUUGAACAGACAACCACAUUUUAAUGAUUAAAAGAUAAAAGUGACCUAUACAUAGCCACACAGUUAGCUAAUGAUACUAAGACACGAGGUAACUAGCUAGCUAAUCUACAUCAGUUGUUAGCUAGCUAGUUACAUCUGAAAGCUAAUGUUUGCAAAUGCUAGCUAGGUAAUUUGCAUCACUCAUUAGCUAGCUAGUGUUUGGCUAACAGUAGCUAAUGUAAGAUGUGACCAUAUAUAUGUUGCUUUUAUCUGUUAACCAUCUUCAAAAUGUGGUUGUCUUUCCCAUAUAGAUGUAGCGCACAUAGCGUAUAGUACAGGAAAAGAGAAAGUGUAUAUAUACUUUGUGUAUAGUCACAUCUUAAGUUAUCUAAUGCAAAACCUUAGCUAACUAACAAUUGAUGUAAUGUGGCUAGCUAGUUAGCUUGCGUCUUUGCUAAUAUUAUCUGAUCGAGGCUUACUCAACUGUCAUUGAAGCACAGAGCAAAAAGGGGCGGGGUUUAGGAUGGGCCCUCUGCAGCAGUGUGGCUCAUGUGUUUUCACUAGUUUUUGAACAGUAAUGGAGCUCUAUGGCGCACAGGAAGAAGAGAUAGCGGGCUUUGAUACACACACAAGACUUGUUAGCGGGAUGAGGUCAUUGUAGGUUUUAGUCUUUUCAAGGAAAUUGUUCACAGUAGAUCAGUGGAUCAGUAUGUGCUACGAUUGAUUAGUUACUCUGGAUAAAGGGAUGGACGUAAAGAGACAAUCGAAUAGACUUCAGAGAUGAUGGACAAAUACAUGUUAAGAUAGAUAUACUGAAGAAUGUACAGGUGGAAGGAUGGAUAGAGUUUGGACAGUUACAGUAUGUGGCCGGAUAGACGAGUAAAGAAAUUGAUUUUCUGUGAGCUAAAUAAGGAUUGGUGUACAACUUUAUCUUUGCAUAGCCAAAGUGAUUUAAUGUGAGCCAAAACAUAGAUGUGUACAUCACAGAUCAAGCUGUACCGAUUAUUUUGUUAUACUUCUUUCUUCACUAUCAAUCUAUGAGCUGACCGCAUGUGAAGCCUGAAUCUUUGGAAUCAUAUAAACUGUUUGUAGCUGGAGACACACUACUUUCUUCUUCCAUGCAUUGUAUCACAAACACAGGAGCACACUACUCCAAUGCCUCCGUUCUGUGGGAAUGGGAGUCUAUUAAAAAGCUACAGGCAUGGCCCUUUAUGGAUUCCACUGUGUAAAUACAUUCCUGUGAUAUUCCCAAUUCCACACUCUCACUCUCAGCUCUGGUCUGGCCCCACUGUGACUCAUUAAAGCAGGGCCCUCACUAGUGGGACCAGGCCGGUAGUUUCAUUUAGGACUUUGACACAUUUCAUAUGGUGGAAAAUGAUGCUCCACUCAACAAACCAGACAGCUGACAUGGAGUUUUGACGUAUUUAUUCGUUGUGUAUUUAUUUUUCACCGUGAAUAUUUGGAAAGCAACGCAUUAUAAAGAAGCUACAUCAGUUACUGCACAGUUUCCUGUUUGAUUUCCAUGUUUGAUUUCCACAUAGAGCAGGUAUCCAUAAACUGACCCACACAUAGAUCCAAGGCUUUUAAAAACUUGACAGAAAAAGCUUAACUCAAGAUACACUUCAUUUUACAACUCUAUCUGCUGAUGAAGAUGUGUUUGGAAGCUUCAGGAAAAGCCAGUAAGUGGACCUUGAGUUUUCCUGUAAACAAACAAAUGUUAUGUUCAUAGUCAGUGAUUCUCACCAAAAUAUAUUUUGUGUAUCCUUGAUGUUGAACAAACAUGUUGAGUCUAUUUCCUACAUAAAAUACUUGCAAAGCCAAAUAUCUCAAAUCGUG